AUGACCUAUGCAAAGGGUUGUACAGAUUAUCAAAAGCACGGCCCAAUGCAGUUGGUUCCAGCAAUAGAGAUGCAAUUGUUGGUUAAACCGUGGCCUUUUAGAGGUUGGGCCAUGGACUUAAUCGGCAAGAUUAAUCCUCUAUCUUCAAAGGGUCAUCAUUGGAUAAUUUUAGUUACCGAUUAUUUCACUAAAUGGGUAGAAGCCGAGGAAUAUGUCUCAUUAACUCAUAACACGAAACAAUCGUUGUCGAUAAUGGAUCUGUGUUUCGAGCAAAUGAAGUAUUAUAACUCGGCCGUGAUAUAUAAGCCAAGGCGUUGGCAUGAAACCCUUUCAGAAGCUUUGUGGGCUUACAGAAAUUCGAAGCGAACAAGUACAGGAACAACUCCUUAUCGGUUUACAUUUGGCCACAACGCUGUGUUGCAGAUGGAGUUAAAUGUAAAAUCGGCAAGAGUAGCUUUACAACACAAUCUUAUACCUGCCGAUUACAACGAAGCUAUGCUUGCCGAGUUAGAAAUUUAG